CUUAGAAAAUGAAGGUUGCUUUAUCAGUGUACGUUUUUCUUACGGGACUUUUAGUUGGGGCAAAACAGAUACAUAGAGAGAACGAGUUUCGAUGUGAUUAUUAUUACGUUCAUGAAGUGGACGGGUGGCUGAAGUAUCAUGAAGUCCCAGCAAACUGGUACGACGCUCGAUUACGAUGUCACCUUGAAGGGACAACGUUGGCUUCGCCACUGAACCAGGAUGUCCAGGAGGCAAUCCACAGUAUAUCAGACCAGCAUCGCUCCUGGGUAGACAUCUACACGGGCAUCCAUUCCACAUUCUCUAAAGGAAACUUUUAUUCCAUCGAAGGAGUUCCUCUGUCAGAUAUCAGCCACAAAUGGGCUCCUGGGGAACCCAAUAACUUGAAUGAUGAUGAGAACUGUGUAUAUCUGACUCCAAACGGUGCCAUUGGUGAUAUCAACUGUUGGAUACCUAAACCUUACGUUUGCUAUAAGAAAAAUGAUGAAAACCAAGUGCUGAAUGAAUGUGGUACUACAGAUAAUGCAUACUCCAUGGACGAGAUCAGUGGAAGCUGUUACAAGUUCCACGGCACGCCGCGCACCUACUCCCGCGCGUUCAUGACCUGCGCCGCCGAGGGAGGAUACCUCUCCAUCAUCAACAGCGAAGCAGAAGCCAAUUAUAUUAGGAAGCUGUUUGCGCGGAACCCUGCGUCAUCGAUGAUUGGACCUUUCUAUAAGGACGUGGCCUAUUUGGGCUUCAACGAUUGGAGCGAACACGGGGAUUGGCUCACUAUACAUGAUGAAACCCUCGAAAAGGCUGGUUAUGCCAAAUGGUCGACCGGUGAGCCAAAUAAUAAGACAAACGAAUUCUGUGGAGGAGUGUACCGGUCGGGGCUACUGUUGGACCUACAUUGUGACUCCGUCCACGCUUUUAUAUGCGAGAAGAGUCCUGGAAGCCUUCUGUGGGACUGAUCCUUACUAUCCCGAAGUCAAGACUAAACAGCAUGUGCAGGAUCGAAUAAAUUACUUUACUAUAUAGAAGCACUAUUAUCUAUACUUACAAUAAAACUGUAACUGGAAGA